GGAGCUUGGCAGAGGAGGGUCAGUGAAACAAUGGCCUCAAGAGGAGUCAAUGCCUUGGCUUCAAGAGCAAGUAGAAUCAAGCACAAGUUGCAAUCUGCUUUGGAAGCAAGUGUGCUGGAGGUUGAGGAUGUUUCUUACCAGCAUGCAGGCCAUGCGGCUGUUAAGGGAAGUACAAAUGAAACACAUUUUAAUGUGAAGAUUGUAUCACCAAAAUUUCGUGGGCAAAGCUUGGUGAAACGCCAUAGGAUGGUAUAUGAUCUAUUGUCUGAAGAGCUUCAAUCCGGAUUGCAUGCACUUUCAAUUGUGGCAAAGACUCCACAAGAAGCUGGGGGAAGCUAAGUGGUUGGUUAUAUAUACCUCAGGACAUUAUAAGACCUAAAUUAAGUUUGGUUGUUAAUGACCUACAAUAAUAGAUUGUACUCUUUUCAAUGAAGUAUCAGAUGCAAAUGUUCUACUUUAUAGUAUGGAUGUUAUUAUGAUCUCCUGUUAGUAAUCCCAUGCAUUAAUUUGUGUGCUAUCAA